AUGUCCAUCCCUACCAAGCCCGACUACGAGUUCAAGCAUCCCGAGCUCAGCUUCGCAGCGGAGCCCAACUUCCAGCCUGCAAUUAAAGUCUCUGUCUAUUUUAAGAAGCGCGAUAAUAUCGCAUACGAGACCUUCCAUCACCACUGGCGCACUGUACAUGCGGACCUGGCUGUUGCCACCCAGGCUUUCCAACACCACAUCUUGCGAUAUGUGCAGCACCAUCAAACCCCCGAGAUGAAGGAACGAGCUCGCAGCCUGGGUGAGAAUGUGCUCGACUACGAUGGAUGUGCCCAGCUCUGGGUGCGGACGUGGGACGACUGGAUGGCCUUUUAUACAAGCAAAGAGUACGCAGCAGCCCUGAGCGACGACUGCCAUUUCUUCAUGCAGCUCCCAAUGACCUACAUGGUUGGCUAUGAGAAUCUGGUGGUGGGUGAUGCAUCCAAGGUGCUCGGGGGCAACGACGGGCUCAGCACGAACAGGUCGUCUUUGAGUGCCGAGGCCCAUGAGUCAGAGACCGAUUGA